GUGUUACUAGCUCUGGGUAUGAAACUCGGAGAGAAGAACAUAGCGGCCUGUCCCUCACUGAAGCACUUAAACCACUUGAGCUGAAGCUAAACUUGUGUAAUAAACGCACCCGAUGACUGAGGGAUGAUAUGGGGAAAGAGGCGCCCAGCCCAUUUCUUUUGUGCUAAAGCGUCCUGUGAUUUCAUUGAGAUUUUCCCGGGCUGGUAGACGGAACUAUAAUGGGCUCCCUCGCAUUGCAUCUCUUUUGUAUCCGCGACAUGUUUUCGGCUGGUUAAACUGGAGCAGUUUUGAACCUCGGGGACUGGCAGAAGAAUUUCUCGCUGAGCAUCUGGACGGCUCCCAAAGAAAAUGCACGGGAGAAACAGGUACAACCUGGUGGACGAUGUGGCGGAUUCCAGAGUCCCGCUUCACAAUGAGGAAGCGUAUCAACACGGAAUACACUUCCAAGCAAAGUAUGUUGGCAGCCUGGACGUCCCAAGACCCAACAGUCGCAUGGAGAUUGUCGCUGCUAUGAGAAGAAUCAGGUAUGAGUUCAAGGUAAAGAGUGUCAAGAAGAAGAAAGUGAGCAUAGUGAUCUCAGUGGAUGGAGUCAGAGUGUUGCUGCGCAAGAAACCCAAGAGGAAAGAGUGGACGUGGGAUGAGAGUAAGAUGAUGGUUAUGCUCGACCCCAUAUACAGGAUCUUCUAUGUAUCUCAUGAUUCUCAGGAUCUGAAGAUUUUCAGCUACAUUGCUCGUGAUGGAUCGAGCAACUUGUUCAGAUGCAAUGUGUUCAAGUCCAAAAAGAAGAGUCAGGCCAUGCGGAUAGUGCGAACGGUGGGUCAGGCAUUUGAGGUGUGCCAUAAGCUGAGUCUGCAGUAUGCUGAGCAGAUUGUAGAUGAGCAGCCAGACGGCCCUGCAGACGGACAGAGUGAUCAGUCUGGAGAAGAGCCCAGUGCUGAAGGUCGGCAGCCGAUAGGAAUGGAACAUGGAAUGGAUAAUGUAACAGGAAUGGAGUCACAUUCAGCAAAGCUCAGUGAGCAAGCUAUGGAUGACAUUCUUCAAAGCCUGUCAGAGCUCAACAUGGUGAAACCUGGACAAACACUCCAGUCUUUGCAAGACCUGGAGGGUGUCUCUCUCUACACGUUGUCUCCCAGCACUCCUUGCUCGCCCUCUCUCACACCUUUGGCCACCAAACAUCACCUGCAGUUACUCCAGCAACAGCUGCUACAGCAGCAACAACAAACACAGACUGCUGUAGCACAGGUGCAGCUCCUGAAGGAUCAGCUGGCAGCAGAGAUGGCAGCCCGCAUGGAGGUGCAGGCCAGAACUCACCAGCUGCUACUUCAGAACCAAGACUUACUGCAGCACACAGCCCUGCUGGUCAAACACCUCAGCCAACUGGAGAUAAGAGUCAAUGGAGCCACACAGAAAGAAGAGUCAACAUGGAGUAGCAUCCCCACUCGCUCUCUCUCUCUGAACCUGAAGAAUCUUUACACUCCUCGCUCAGAACAGCCCAUCACCUCCUCUUCAGCAGGGCAGCCAGAAAAACCUCCCGUCUCCUCCCACGCUGAGUCCUACCUCAAUCUGCUAAACCUGCGUGGUGUACUACCCACCAUUACAGCCAAUGGGAAGCCAGAAAACACAAGAAGUGAAGAAGGAUUGGAUGCAGCAAGAAGGGAAGUUGCUAAGCUAGAGACUCUGAGUUCGACGGCACUUGAUGAGAGGUUUAAACAAAUUAUCCCUAAAUUGGACCCUCCACCCCAGCCGCUCAACCGCAAGCGCUCAAACAGGACUCUUUCUCCUGGCAUAGAGGCGGAGACAAAAUUGGCAGCCAUGCCCACAAAUGGGAGUGUACUCCCAAGGAUGAACAUCUCCCCCUACCCUGACAUCACUCUUUGCUCCGUUUCACCUGGGGAUUUUUACUCUUUCACCAAUAGCAUCAGUGUGUCUUGUUCAGCCAGUGAGGAUUCUGGCGUACGCUCGGAUGAGAAAUCCCUAGUCUCCCCCCAAUCCAGAGAUGACCCAUCUGAUGACCAGAGCUCUGCUUUCAUCUCUACAUCCAGCACCUGCAGCAGCUUGCCUGAGGAUCAUCCAUCUGUGGAUGGUGGGACUUUACCACAUUCUACAACACCAACUGGCUAUGAGCAAACAAUUCAGUUUUCUUUGCCUCUGAAUGAAACCUGCCUUCAUAUUAGCUUGAGUGAAGAUGAAUGUCUGGAGGACAGCACCUGUAAUGUCUCAACCCCAUGUAGGAGUUAGAAUUGGACCAAUCAAACAGUGGUUUCACUGGAACAUCAUGAGAUUUCACAAUAGCUAUAGAACUCCAAGCCACAGCUUGUAAAGGAGAAAAGGAAUAAUUGACAACUGAAGCUUCUUCAUGGCCUGAUGAGAUACUAACCACACCCUUUUACUGUUAUUUUGCAUACUGAAUUAGGCAAAUCUUCUGUCAGCAGCCAUAUCACCCUGCAGCUCUCUCCUGGUUGCCCACUAAAGCUAAGCAGGUUUGAGCCUGGCCAGUACCUGGAUAGGAGACCUCCUGGGGAAAACUAAGGUUGCUGGAAGUGGUAUUAGGGGGGCCAGCAGGGGGUGCUCACCCUGUUGUCUGUGUGGGUCCUACUGCCCCAGUAUAGUGAUGGGGACACUAUACUUUAAAAAAGUACUGUCUUCUGGAUGAGAUGUUAAACCAAGUUCCUGACUCUCUGUGGUCAUUAAAAAUCCCAAGGCACUUCUUGUAAAGAGUAGGGGCAUAACCCUAUUGUCCUGGCCAAAUUCCCCCCAUUGGCCCUUCUCUAUUAUGGCCUCCUAAUAAUCCCCAUCCCUGAAUUGGCUACAUCACUCUACUCUCCUCACCACCAAUAGCCAGUGUGUGGUGGGCGUUCUGUCGCACUAUGGCUGCCGUCUCAUCAUCCAGGUGGAUGCUGCACACUGGUGGUGGUUGAGGAGAUUCCCCCUAUACUAUAUAAAGCGCUUUGAGUGCAUAGAAAAGUGCUACAUAAAAUGUUUUUUGGACUGACCUUUUUGUGGCAUAAUAAGAUUAUUUGCAAUGCCCUUAAAAUAUUUUUUAUCUAUGAAAAAAAUUGCUGAAAGAAGAUUUAGUAUGAUACGGAGUAGACUACUUUUGACAGAUGGAUAGCAUGUAUUAUAGACUGAAAAUUAUUAGUUAUUUUAGCCUUUAAACAAGCAGUGAAUGGAGUGCUUUGACACAUACUAAGCUGCAUAGGAACUGCUUUUGUUUGGACCGCCGAUAAUUGUGUGUUCGUCUUUAAAGGUGAUGUGUGUAACCUUUUCUAUGUCAAAAUAUUUUAUACUACCCUAGCUUAAUGUGGAGAGACAGCUAUAUGUAAGCCAUUCGAAGGUUGUUUAAAUGGCACUAUCAAACCAAACAGCCUGACUUUGCAAAAUAAAAUCAGCCAAUGGCAUAAUUAUGGGGUGGGAUCUCAGUUUUUUUCUUAACAUUUGGCAGACUGGGGUAGUCUGUUUGAGUCGGGAAACCUGUUUGAAUAUAUAUAUAUAUAUAUAUAUAUAUA